AUGUCUCCAGCAGCCGUAACCUCGACCCCUCCUCCCGCUACAACACCCCACACGAACGGAAAAUCGUCUACCAAACCUGUCAUAACACCUUCGUCGACAGUUACCUCGCAAAUCCCCGCUUGGGUUAAACCCGACCUUUCCCGUCUCCUUCGCGUAGAACAUAACCCAGGUGCUUUUACCUCACGCUCAGUUUCUCUUGUCAACCUUCCCCCAGGCGCAGUCUUUGCCCGCAUCACAAACCCCACACCAGCCACCGUAGCGUACUCCUCUGUCCAAGCUUCGCGCGACCUCCACAUAGAGCUCAACUGCGACCUCGUCUACAUAAACCACAGCUGCAAGCCCAGUCUAGUGUUCGACAUGCAGCGCUGGGAAGUAAGGGUUUCGGAGGAUGGAGAGGGGCUGAAGGAGGGCGAUGAGCUCACAUUCUUCUACCCGAGUACGGAGUGGAGUAUGGCUCAGCCGUUCAACUGCUUGUGUAAGACGGGAGAGUGUGCGGGAGAAAUUAAGGGGGCGAAGGAUAUGAGUAGGGAGGUAUUGGGAAGGUAUUGGUUGAACAAGCAUAUUGAGGAGAUGCUUGUCGAGAGGGAUGGGCAGUAG